GCAGUUCGCGCGCGGCCACGCCGUCACACGGUUGUUUCAGAGACGCACCUCCCGGGGGAAGUCGUUUCCUUCUUGAAGAGAAUAGUCGGAGCCCAACGACACGGCGUAGUGCGACGAUACUCGAAUUGGUACUCGGUGAAUUGUAGUCGCGGCGGCAGACAGAUCGUCCUCUGCGUCCCUCAGGCGUGCACCGCCUGUCGCGAUGAUAACGUUGUGUCACUCUGUACGAAGCAUCAUAAUGUGGCCAACACUGCUCGCAAGCCUCGUUCUAUUGUCGGCGAUACCGUACGGUCUUCCACGAAGCAUCAGUCAUGACGAAGGCCGAUGGAAGCGCAGCAUCGACUUAAAUGACAUCUACUACUCGAAAAUGCGCCAGUACAGAUUACCGAGCGAAGUCACGCCGACCAGUUAUCACCUAAACAUCAAGAUACCCUCCAUCAAAGAUGUAUCGGACACUAAGUUUGACGGUGACGUCAAAAUUAACCUCACCUGGUCCGACAUCAGCGACAGGAUAAUCUUGAACAUGCACUCAAAUCUGUCGAUUGUAGAUGUCAAAAUCAGAGUGAUUCAAUUGCCACCCGACGAAGUGGAAAAAGGCACAUCAAUGGACGUCUAUAUCGCGAGGAUUGAACGGCAGGAAAAGAAAUCCUGGUUGAUCAUUCAUCUGGAGCAAAUGCUGAAGAACGGAACUGUCUGCGAGGUCCACAUUUUAUAUAACGGAAGUCUUGACACGUCUGAGAAUGCUGGCCUCUACAGAAGUACGUAUAUGGACUUGCGUAAAGGCCUACAACACCCCUUCGUCUCCACUUAUUUGCAAUUAGAGAACGCGCAGAAGAUGUUACCCUGCAUGGAUGAACCGCCGUACAAAGCGACAUUCAAGCUGAGCUUGUUGUAUCCGAAAGAAUACAAGGCACUCACGAACUCGCCAUCGGUUUCACGAGUUCAGGAGAAUUCGAUAAUCCGGGAGGAGUUUGCAGAAACACCUCGAAUCUCAACGAACCAAUUGGCUCUUCUGAUAUCGGAUCUGCAGGAAAUCCAUCCUACGAUAGAAGUCAACGAGAUAAACGGGAAAAAGCUGCAAGUGAGAGUCUGGGGUCGCAAGGAUUUCUUGGAGUCACUGGUUAACGUUCCCGACAAGGUUGUAAGGAUUAUUAAUUAUGCGCAAGACUACUUCAACAGCUCCAUCGGCUUACCCAAAUUGGACAUCGUAGCGAUGCCCAUGUACAGUGCUUCCAAAGCGUCCGACAACUGGGGUCUCAUGUUCUUCAAGGAAAGUGAAAUCAGCAGUUCUCUCGUCUGGACUACUGCUUACGAACUUCUUUAUCAAUGGAUUGGUCAAUCCGUGACUCCAUAUCGUCGAAAUGAUGCGCCGGUUAACAAAGCUCUCAAUUCGUUCUUGGCGUCUAUGAUGACAAUCGAUCUAAAUCCAAACGAAAUGGAAGGAAAAUGGCCGAUGACGAUGCUGUAUUCUUUGUAUUACGAAUUUGCGCAGACGGCACCUUUCUCCAGGGUCGCCGGUAUUAGACAAGAAGCAACGUGGACAAAAGCCGAGUUGGUAUUCCGAAUGUUUAAUUACACCCUUGGUUACGAGCUGUUCCAGAGAAGUGUGAGGAAUUUCUUCCAUCAGCAGUCGAAAGAAGAUCGCAGAACCUUCUUCGCCGAUGACAUCUUCAAUUACCUGAAUAAUGUGGCGAACGAAACGAACAAUUUACCGCCAGGUCUGACCAUCAACAGCAUCGCCGCGUCGUGGAUCAAUCGGGACAGAGUGCCGUUGGUCACCGUCAAUCGCGAUUACGAAACUGGAAAAAUUAAUCUCAGUCAGAAAGUCUACCUGAGAGACAUUGCGUCGGAAUCAACGGCGAAAAUAUCGUAUCUAUGGGACAUUCCGAUAGUGAUGCAGGCUCAAAAUAAAUUGAACUUCUACAACACCAAACCAACCGUGUGGUUAACAAAAGAAAACGAACCGAGAAAUUUAACUAUUACGGAUAUCAGCGAUAAAAAUAAUUUUAUCAUUGUCAAUCCUGAAGAAAUAGCAAUGUUCCCGGUGAAUUACGACUCGUGCAACUGGAAGAUGUUGUCGCAGUAUCUACAGGGACCAGACCGUGAGAAAAUACCUCCGUUAACGAGAGCGAAGCUUCUGCACGACGCGUGGAACCUAGCAUACGCCGGCGAGCUGUGCUUCGGCAUCGCCAUGAACAUGACUCUCUUCCUCAAGGAAGAGAAGAGCCAUGUGGUUUGGGAGCCUGUGUUCACGAUGAUUCAUCAUGUCGGCCGGCGAAUCGAGGGAUUAGACGUAUAUUUGAAAUUUGAGGCUUAUAUCCGAAACUUACUGAAGCCCCUCUAUUUGGAACUUGGCGAGACCCCGCAGCCCAGUGAACCCUCCUGGAAAAAUCACGCUCGUAUCCUUGUGAAAAACUUCCUAUGCCGGGCUGGAUACGAACCUUGCGUUAAGGAAGCGAGAGAUCAAUUCAAGAAAUGGCUAAUCGACGAAGAACCGGACAAAGGAAACCCGGUCGCGAAUGAAUUCCUCUGCCCGGUGUUCAAAUGGGGCACCGACGACGAAUGGGAGUUCGGAUUGCAGCGUGUAAUAAAUUUCCCCAAAACCAGUCUGGCGAGGAAGCAGAACGAGCGCACUUACCUAUUGAAGACCCUUGCCGGGUGCCCGAAGGAUGCGAACAAAAUCGAAAGGUUGCUGCAGGAAGCCGUGCUGGACCAGAAUGAGAAUAUUACGGACACGGACAUCCGCCUGAUCUUCAGCAUGCUGACCAGCAGCGCGACCGGCUACAAGACCCUGUUCAACUUCCUGCAUGAGCACUGGUAUACCGUGAAGGAGCGAUUCGAGAACAAGACCACCCUCUGGAACGGCAUCGUCAACUUUGCCACGUCGUCGUUCAACACGCAGGAGGGCUAUGAUAUGGUGAACAAGCUUUAUACGGACCAUCAGGACGAGUUCGAAUCGGCGGACGCUAUCAUCAAGAAGGCGCUCAAAAACAUCAAGCAAGAGACCAAGUGGAAUGAGGAGAACGUGCCGAUAAUUGACGCCUGGCUCAACGAGAUGCUGUCUAAGGAAGAAUUGGACGCGAUCGCGGCUUCGGUGUCUACCGUCGGCCUCUCCGCGACCAUCUUAGAAUCAACUACUAAUCCGAUAACAACAAAUUAAGUAGCUAGACACGCGUGACCGUCCGCGGUGCGGAUGGUCCUGAUCGAAUGGGUGAAUGAAUGAACUCGAAUUUUCAAGAUUCUGAUGUUUGACCCGUAAAGAGUGUAGUCUAUGUUUUCUCAGCUGCUCUCUAAAGCACAUUUAACUUUUUUUUUUUUUUUAAUAUAAUUAUAAUGAUAUCUUUGCUUGCUUAA